AUGGCGCAUGAAGCCGAACGACAGCGGGAGCCGCACCACCAACGACAUCAUCCCGGUGGCAGCUACCCCCCACCACUCUUCGUCGCAGAACUCGAUGGCGGUAUCCCACACGCGUCGCCAGAUGGCGCGCCCGUCUUUGAGAUGCCGGCAGAGCCAUCUCCUAACAGCCAAGUCGACAGCCACAGCCAGCCCAAGAAAUUCGAGCGACAAAACUCCGACACCCCAGCCCAGGCCAACCCCUGGGCAUACUUUGGGCCAAACGACGACAGCUCGUCCGUAGUCACGCCGACACCCACAAACCGACCACCGGCAGAGCGUCACGAUUCCGCGAGCAAUAGCGCCGCGGCGACGGCUACAAAGACGGAGCAUGAUGGACGCCAAGGUCACGCAGGAUACGGCCCAGAGACCAUGGCGCCCACCAUGACUGGCGAAUCGAGCGUCUCGGCAACCGAUUAUCCAUCAAAUCUACGACCGGAGACUGUGAGCCCAGUCAGUCCCUCUGCUGGAUCCAGUGCGUAUUUCCCGCCGCCGUUGACUAUCAACAAGCCAGCCCAGCCUCAGCCUCAGUCUCCACCACUGCAAGGCACCACUUCGUGGAAGUACAAGCCAUACAAGCCAUAUUCGCCCGAGAUGGACAAUCGCGAUGCUUCACAACCUUCCCGAUACCAGGAUACCAGCAGUACUUUCAUGACUGGAGCCAUGACCGCCAAUGUGGCCUAUAGACCGUAUCGUCGACCAUCCUUCAAGGAGCCGCCGCAGGAGGAGCAGAGAUACCCUGGACCAUCCUCAGGACAUACCUCUCCACGACCACAGCACGAGGCGUUAGUAGGCUCGCUGGCUGCGCAGCCGUAUCCUGAAGGCAUGGCGCCCCAUCAUUCUGAGUCCGGGGCUUGGAGGUGCACCUUUUCACGGAGCAUCUCCAGCAGCGUCACCGCGGCCAAUGGACAAUGUCUCGUGGCCUCAUCCGCAAGGCGCAGUGCCGCCUGUGCCUUCUCACUCACCUCCAGCAUCCUCUCCGAAAACUCCUGCAGAUGCCUACCAGCAAUCUCUGUCGCCGACAUUCCCAAGUCCCGGCGCCGGCUCUCCAGGUCGCAACUAUGCACAUUCGCCGCCGCCGCCGCCAUCUUCACAGUCGCCAUCUGUCCUGAACGCCGGUAG